AUGUCUGAAGUCUCAUCCAAAGCGCCUCCGUACCUUAUUCAGUACGGUUCCAAGCAGAUUAUUGUUGAUAAUCCCAACAAUUUUGCACAAACAUCUCAGCAAUUCAAAAUUUACUACAGCCAGAAUCCAUCAAAAUUAGUUCUCCCUGAAUCUGAAGAAUAUUCGUUCAAAACACUUCAACUUUUAGUCAACGCUUGCCAGGGAAGACCAUUCUCAUGCACUCUCGAUAAUGUCUUUGAAUUCAGAAAACUCGCUGUUGAUUGGAAGGUUGACACACUCGUCCAAUACUGCGAUAACUAUAUUCAGAAGACAAAGAUUAGCGAGCUUACAGUGGAUGAAGUCUUCGAGAAAUUAGAUGAAGCAAUUGCAUCAAAUGAUAAAGAUCAGCGUAAAAUCGCUAUCAGAAAUGCUGUUGCUCAAUUCAAGAAAGUCAUAACAGAUCCACAACAGCGCCUUCGUAAUUACGAUACCGAUGUCAUUACAGAGAUUUAUCGUGAUGUAAAUCCAAAUGGCAGGAACAGCGAUCUCUUUGCCAACUUUGUUAUUGAGUUCUUCAGAGCAAACCCAGCAAAGGCAACAACACUCUUCCCACGUUUGAACUUCGAUCGCCUUUCUGGUUCUCAAUAUGGAGUAAUCUUCCAACCAGACGCAAUUGAAGUCUCGAUGAACUACUACAACGCAUACGCACUCAGUGAUGCACACAAGGAGCUCAGAACUGCUCUCAAUACUGUCGAUGCCACUGCAAAACAAGCUGUUAAACAAAAUCGCCAGAAAUACGAAAAGAAGUUUGCUACAAUAUUCGAGCAAACUAAGGCUAAUAGACGUAGCGACCUUAAUAAGCUUCGUCUCCGCCUUGUCCAGCAGAAUGAAGAUCUUAAUGAUCUUGCUGAGGUCUUAGAGAACCAGAAAGCCCUUCUUGUUGAUUGCGUUAAGAUUGCACAUAGAGCACCAUCAUCCGCUGAAUAUCUUAAGAAGUCCCAGGAAGAUAUCUUGAAUAUGAUCGUCGAAAGCAAAGAAAAACUGCUCGAUCAGAUCAAACAAGAUGCAGAAGACUCCGCUAAGACACUCCAGGCACUUCUCGAUGACAGCCAGAAGGAAAUUGAGAAGCAAACAGCUGGAAAAUCAAUUGUUGCUCCAGAUGUUUACUCCGGUAUCGAAAAUUACCAGGGUAGAAUUGGAGAUAUUAAUCAUGGACUCGCAAGCUGUGCAAGACAACUUAGAGAAGUCCAGGCAACGAUGAUGGCUAAGAUUAUUAGAGAUAAUUACAAAGGAAACGAAUACCUUCGCGUUGUUCGUGACAAUAAUAAUAACUUACUCGCAUAUAAGAUAUUCGAUGAAUAUCCAGACUUAGUUUGGAACUUAUCAAAGAAGGAAGUUAGCGAUGCUGAGAAGAGAAUUAUUGUACCUAUUGAAACUAAGGUUGAUAAGCUGUGCCAAAUCCGGAAAUAA